GAUGCGCGCCCCGCCGCUGUUGCUGCUGCUGGCUGCCUGCGCGCCGCCGCCCUGUGCCACGGCCGCCCCGACGCCGCCGGGCUGGGAGCCGGCGGCCGACGCGCCCUGGUGUCCCUACAAGGUGCUGCCCGAGGGCCCCGAGGCGGGAGGCGGGCGCCUGUGCUUCCGCAGCCCCGCGCGCGGCUUCCGCUGCCAGGCGCCCGGCUGCGCGGCGCACGCCUCGGCCGGCCGCUCACUGCGCGCCAGCGUCCUGCGCAACCGCAGCGUGUUGCUGCAGUGGCGCCUGGGGCCGGCCGAGGCGCGCCGCGUGCGCGCCUUCGCGCUCAACUGCUCGUGGCGUGGCGCCUACACGCGCUUCCCAUGCGAGCGCGUGCUGCUCGGCGCCUCCUGCCGCGACUACCUGCUGCCAGACGUGCACGACGGCGUGCGUUACCGCCUUUGCCUGCAGCCGCUGCCGCUUCGAGCCGAGCCGGCAGGCGCCCCGGAGCCCGCCGCACCCGCCGAGUGUGUGGAGUUCGCCGCCGAGCCUGCCGGCAUGCGGGAGAUCGUGGUGGCCAUGACGGCGGUGGGUGGUUCUAUCUGCGUUAUGCUCGUGGUCAUCUGCCUGCUCGUGGCCUACAUCACCGAGAACCUCAUGCACCCGGCCUUCGGGCGCCCGGGCCUACGCAGGCAGCCUUGAAGCGCGAGACGCCUGCCCGCCCGGGCUCUGCCUGCCCGACUAGGGCGCAGGAGGCCCCGAGCCCUCGGCCCGCUCUCCCCUCGUCGCUCCUGCUCCCUCUUUAGGACCUCCACACAGGGCCUUCUGGAGAUGGAUGGGGCACCGGCCCUUACCAGGGCCUGGAGUUACCGGACGACCUUCCCAGCCGAGCAGCUGACUCCCAGAUUCCAGUUCGGGACUGGCCCUUGGGCCUGAGGAGAGGUGCCAGCCGUGUCCAGGGCUCUCCCUGCUCUCCAGAGGCCUUUGGCGGGGCCGUGAGACCACAGAGCCCCUUUUCAGAAGAGCCAUCGGCAGCCCCUGGCCGUCACCCUGCGCCUCCAGCCCGUGCCGAGUUGGAAAAAGCCAGGCUGUCGUCAUGGCUUGGUCACUGUGUACUUGACCAACUCAAGGGCCCUCGGAGCCUGUCCUCUCCCCGCCCCGCCCCAGUGGGUUUAGGUAGCUUCGUGCCUUAGUAUCUCGGGCCCAUUGCGGGAGCCAGCCACCCGUCCAGUACUGUCCGAAAGGAUCUGCGGCCCCGAUGCUGGCAGCUCGUGUGUGCUUCUGGCUAGAGCCCCCUGGGGACCCUCCCUUCAAGCUUUGCAGGAGCGAUUGGCCUGGGGAAGCAGGGUACUGCCGCGUUUCCUCCUCUGAGCAUCCUACAGGCUGGAAGCCACGGCUUAGCUCAGCAGGCGGCCCAGCGUUCAGCUGUUGUAUCCAGGAGGGCACAGGACAGAUGCCAACCUUGCCCGGCUGGACCUGCCACUGUGGUCUGGAUCCCAAGCCUCAACCACAGCAUGACGGACGGUAUGGUCCACCCCCUCCUAGACCUGCUGGAGAUGCUGCUGCCUGCCGGGCCCCUCCACCCUCUCACCACGGACUGAAGACCGGCCUCGCCCCUCUGUGGGCACCAAUCACAUGACAACGCCGGGCUCUGUGUGAGCCCCUGACUCUGGCCAUCCUGGACCUGGCACUUCUGGAGUCACUGUGGCUAACUCCUCCCCGCUCCCCCCAGCAGCCACCAGUGACCUCCACACCAGCAGCCUGGCUGGUGCCCCCGCAAUGCCCACUCCCUACCUCUCUGUCCUUGCUCUGCCCAUCCCUGGUGUGGCACUGGCCAGGUGUGAGCCUGGUGCCAGUGUCUAAAUGCCCAUCAUUCUUAGACCAAAA